CACGGGGAGAAUAGCGGCGCUGCCCGGAGACAGAGCACCAGGAUGGGGGCGAGCCAGGUCCGUCUGUGGCUGACAUGGGUUUGUGUGGUGCAGAGCUCGGGGCUGUUGUCUCAUGUGGAGCGAUACGAGGUGGUCCGACCUCACAGACUGCAAGAGAGACACAGGAGGAGCCUGCAGGACCACCAGCUUUAUCCUGAUAUGCUUCAGUACGAGUUAACCAUUGAAGGGACGAACUACACAAUUCAACUGGAAAAAAACAGGAAUCUUAUUGGAGAAGAUUACACGGAAACACAUUAUUCAGACUACGGGAAGAGAGUGACAACGUCACCAAAUCAGGAGCUCUGCUACUAUCAGGGUCACAUCAGAGACCUGAGAGAGUCUGCAGUCAGCGUGAGCGUCUGCGCAGGCAUCAGUGGUUUUGUGAGAGUCCGGCAGCAGGUUUACCUGAUCGAGCCUCUGGGACGGUCUGAGGACCAGGACCACGCCGUCUACAGACGGGAGCACCUGAAGACCAGCAGCAGCGCUGGCUGUGGAUCCUCCAACAGCAGCACGCCAUACGACCAGGACCUGGACCAGGACCAGGGCCCCCGGCUCUCCGGCCUCUUCAGGUCCAGAUCAUGGAAAACCAAACCGAUCACAGGUCCACAGAGAUUCGUCGAGCUGUUUGUGGUGGUCGACAAUACAGAGUAUAAACGAUAUGGAAGUGAGACCAGAUCCAGAGUUCUGGAAGUUAUAAAUCACGUUGACAAGCUGUACCGUCCUCUGAACAUCCGUAUCAUGCUGGUCGGUCUGGAGAUCUGGACCUACAGAGACUUCAUCGAUGUGGACUAUAACUCGGAGACGACUCUGGAUCAUUUCCUGCUGUGGCGGCAGAGCGACCUGCUGCAGAGGAAGCAGCACGACAACGCUCAGUUUGUCACUGGCAAAGACUUUGACGGAGACACAGUGGGACUGGCCAAUAAGUUUGCCAUGUGUACUGAGAACUCAGGAGGAGUCAACCAGGAUCACCAUGACAACCCGGUAGGCCUCGCCUCCACCAUCGCUCACGAGAUGGGACAUAACUUCGGUCUGUCCCACGACGCUGCAGGCUGCAUGUGCGGUCCGUCCUUCAGCAGCGGGAACUGUGUGAUGGCAGAGAAGCUCAGGACUGGAAACGAGGCGUUCCCAGAGUUCUUCAGCAGCUGCAGCGUGGAGCAGCUCGCUGAGUUCAUGGAGCGAGCUCAGCCCAGCUGCCUGACCAAGCCCGCUUCCAUCAAGACCCUCGCAGCCGGCCCUCUCUGCGGGAACGCCCUGCUGGACCCCGGGGAGGAGUGUGACUGUGGCACGGUGGAGGAAUGUAAGAACUUGUGUUGUGACGCUUCGACCUGCCGGCUGACUGAAGGAUCCCAGUGUGCUGACGGACAGUGCUGCGAACACUGCCAGCUGAAGGCAGCAGGAAGCGUGUGCAGGAAGUCGGCGAGCGACUGCGACCUGCCGGAGUUCUGCAGCGGAGUGUCGGAGGAUUGUCCCGACGACAGCUUCGAGAUGAACGGGAAGCCGUGCUACGACCGGGCCGAGGGGUACUGCUACAACGGACAGUGUCCCACACACCAGCAGCACUGCUGGAGGCUGUUUGGAGCAGGGGCCAGAGUCGGAGCAGACGUGUGCUUCAAUCUGAACAAACGAGGAGAAGAAGGAGCGAACUGUGGGAGGAACAAAUACGGCUUCCUCUCCUGCACCGCAGCGAAUCUGAAGUGUGGAUCUAUAUUCUGUGGCGGCGGGGGCGAGUCCAUCACAGGCAAACGAGCGGCCUACAACCUGCAAAAGCUGGAGUGUAAACUGGCCGUGGACGACGACAAAACCAGGAACAUCGACAUGGUGCCGCAGGGAACCAGAUGUGGACCCGACAAGGUGUGCCUCGGGAACAGAUGUGUGGAGACGAGCGUUUACGGGAAAAAGGAGGAAUGUUCGAAAAAAUGCAACAACAACGGGGUGUGUAAUCACAAGAAUGAGUGUCACUGUGACGCCGGCUGGGCUCCUCCCUACUGCGACAUCCAGUACGCAGACCUGCCCGAAGGUCAGAAUGCGAUCAUAGCCGGUGUGUGUGCAGCUCUCUCCGUGCUGCUCAUUGUCACCGUGGUGAUCGCAGGACUGAUGUGCUGCAAGAAGGACAACAUGGACAACUACACCUCCAAAAGGAAGGUGCACUCGGCUCCGGACAGACUGAACCCGAUGUUCCAGGAGGCGAGUGAUAAAGACAGACCUCAGAUCAGUCCGCCCACCUUUAUGGAGACGACAGCCACGCAGGCCUGCUCUCCUCUGCUGUCUGUUCGUCCCUGCAGAGCUCCACAGCCGCCACAGAAACCCUCCUCAGCCUCGCCUGCCUCUCUCACUGAGCCAAUGAAACCUCGACCUCCGGCUAAACCUUUACCUCCUCUGAGUCACACUCAGGGUAAAUUUGUUAGACCCAGCCCUCCUCCUCCUCCUCCUCCUCCUCCGCCCGCAGUCAAGCCGCAGCUCCACAGACUCACAUGAAACAACCCUGAAACAAUCCUGAAACAAUCAUGAAACAUGAAUCAUUACAGGACGUCUGACCGCAGCAGAAGACUUCAGCAGCUGAACGUACAGAAGAGAGAGAGUGAGUCAAAAAGACCAAAGAGGAAAAGUUUACUCUUUGUCUUAAAGAUGCUGUAUGUGUAUGUGUGUGUGUGUGUGUGUGUGUGCGUGUGCGUGUGCGUGCUUGUUUCUGCUCUCUUGCUUUAACAACCAGUCGUCUCAUCACAGAGUGAGGUCAGGACGGUGCUCAUGUAAAGAUGUAGUUUUUAAUAUUUAUUAUGUGUCUGCGUGAGGGACUGUAUGACAGUUAUUAGAGGGUGAAGGUGGGUCAAAAUAAGAGGGGGGAGGGGAUGUUUUAUUCCUGUUUGAUGAAGGUUAACUUGAAUUUGAAUAAAAUGAUUCAAUCUUAAGUCUUUUUUAGACAUUCCAAAUAUUAUCGGACCAAAUUGAUGAAAUUCUGCCAGAGAAGCAAGUCGUUUUUUGGGGGUUGUGACAAUACAGAAGUCUUCUCUUUGGGGAAAAAGUCUCUUUGGGCACCAUGGAAUCAUGUGAGGGACAGGGAAAUUAUAAUUCUCCUCUUUCACCACUUUGUCCGAAGGGCUUCUUCGUCCUUGCAGCUCGGUCACGUCCCAAUUUCGAUUUCCGUUCAUUUAGUCACUGAUUCUCAACUCAUCUCAACUUUAUUUGUAAAGCACUUUAAAACAACCACAGCCGCAACAAAGUGCUGUACAUAAACAAACAGAACAAGAGACAAUAAAAUAAAUAAAACAGGAAUAAACACUAAAAUACAUAGAUUCAUUGCUUUUUAAACAAUAUAAAAAACAAUAAAUAAAAGCAGACCAUAAAAACACAAAAACAAGAGCAGAGUCUCAUGCGUGGUUAAAAGCCAAGGAAUAAAAAUAGGUUUUAAGAUGAGUUUUAAAAAUGGACAGUGAGGAGGCUUGUCUGAUGUGCAAAGGUAGCUCAUUCCAUAGUUUGGGGGCUGCAACAGAGAAAGAUCUGUCCCCUCUGAGCUCCGUUUGGACCUCAGUGCCUCCAGGAGCAGCAGAUCAGCUGACCUGAGGCACCGAGCAGGAGCGUAGGGGUGGAGGAGCUCAGAGAGGUACAGUGGGGCGAGACCAUUUAAAGAUUUAAAAACAAAUAAAAGAAUCUGAUGCUGAAAACUGUUCAUUUGAGAGCUCUUGGUUACAAAACAGAGUGGCUGAAACGUUUGGGAUGCACUAUUUUAUGCAAACUUUAGUUUUUAGCAAAUUUUUUUUGUCUCCACCAACUCCUUCUACAUAGUCGGUUCAUAAUUUGGUCAUAAACAACUCAAUUUCUUUCCGUUUCUUGAAUUUGUUUGAUGAUUUCAGUGUCAGCCCUUACUGACAGAAACUAUCAAAUCUUUGUUGGCGUUUUCAUAUAAAUGAGCGAUUUUCUUCACCCCUGGAUGUUUGUUUUCUCCGAGGUUUGUGCCAGUCAUGGUGUACAGUCAUGGAAAAAAUUAUUAGACCAUUGUUUCCUCUCAUAUCUUGGUAUCAGCUCUUAAAUUAAACUCUUAUCAGCUAUUUCUGUUAUCAUUAUAUUUAUCCAAACAAAUGUACCUUUAGUUGUACCAGGCAUUAAAACGAAUAAAGAAAUGAGAGAAAACAAGGGUGGUCUAAUAAUUGUUACCAUGACUGUAUAGAAACGUCAUCAAGUUCCCAGACCUUUGCUCUUUACUCAGAAGUCUGUUUAAUGUCGACUCACUCUAACUGAUUCAGACACGUUUCAUUCUCACAAUCAGCUCUUUUUAGAUUUUCUAGAUUUUCCUCUCUACCAGACGGCCAACACAUUUUUCGUAAUAAAGACACUGAUAAUAUUCACUCUAAGUUUGUAUUUAAAAAGUUGCAUCAAUUCAACACUGUUACAUUAUUUUUAGAUUUUAUGAAGAAGGUUGAGAUGAUUCUUUCCUCUUGUAAAGUUAAACAGAGCCGAGCUUCAGCUUCCUUCACACUGUAAUAAUCUUCACACAGUCCUUGACCUGUCGGAGCCAGUCGGCCUUCUGAGGCUCAUUUUAUCUCUUUGUACUUGAAAACCUCUGAACGGUACAAACGCUGUUGACACGUUUUUACUGCAUAUUUAUGUUUCUGUGUGACAGUCACAGGGUUUCACACCGUGAUGGUUAAAGUUUGUAAAUGUAAACACUGAAUGAAACCCGAUGAGAGGUUCUUUUGUUCUUUUUUUUUUGCACUUUAUAAUAAAACAUGAUCCUGUUCUGCAGCAGAUCACACUGUUCACACUGUUCCUGCUGUUUAUAACAUGAUUAAAGGUCUUUGUGUUGUGUUGA